GAGCAUUGACUGGCGCACCACACUAACAAUGGCAGGUAUAAUAAAGCCAGUAAAUACUUUUAAGGAUGAAAUCAUUUGCUCUAUGUGCCUGCAAAUAUUCACAUAUCCAGUGUCUCUCAGUUGUUCUCACAGCUUUUGCUUAAGCUGCAUUCAAGAUCAUCUGAAACAUAAACCAGCAACAGAUAAGUAUUCAUGUCCAGAGUGCCGUACAAUGUUUGAUGAUAAGCCACGGCUGUUGAAAAAUACAGAGCUGUCUGACAAAGUUGAGCAGCUGUCCAGAAACCAAGGUAAUGGAAUAUAUUGUGACUACUGCCUGGAAGACGCAGUACCUGCUGUGAUGAGUUGUAUUCAGUGUGAGGCCUUCUUCUGCAUGACCCAUCUCCGGCCACAUAGUGAAAAAGUGUACCUUAAGGAGCACCUGCUAGUGGAUGUUUCAGAAGCACUUUGCCUGAGAAAAUGUGCUGAACAUAAGGAGAUCCUGAAGCUGUUCUGCACAGAAGACCACAUCUGCAUCUGCUCCCUCUGCUGCAUAGUGGGCCAGCAUAAACAACACAAUGUGGUUACUAUUGAAGAAGCAAAAACUGAAGUACAGACGUCUUUGACAGAAAGAUUAAGAGAACUCAACAGAAAGAAGAAUAAAGCAGAAGACAGAAUUAAACAUGUCAGAGCAGUGAACUCACAAAUGCUAAGUAUUUACUCUUCCUUCCAUGAAAAAACUGUUCAACAAUAUAAAGAAAUUAAAGCUGUCAUCGAAGAGGAUGAACAGCAGACACUCCAUUUCAUUGAAGCUGCAAAACAGGCCGCCUUGCUGUAUACUGAAAACCAGACCAAACAGUACGCUGAGGAGCUGGAUGACCUGAAAAGGGUGAUCUCGCAGGUCAGCACAGUCCUGAAUCAGAGCAAUGCACUAAAGUUCUUAAAGAGUGCAAGCUGCAAUGAAUAUCGAAUACAUUUAUUGCUUAACAAACCAGAUCAAGCUGUUCAUGAUACCCUUGUUGAUGAAGGUGUGCUCUCGUCCAUAAUGAAAUCUGUUACAAAGUUGUUCAACAGUCUGACAAAACAAGCUACAACAGUCCGGAAAGCCUUGUUAUCUUUUGCAACUACAGUGACUCUGGACCCUGUUACUGCAAACGAGAACCUUCUCCUGUCAGAAGAUCGCACAAUGGUACGCUACACUGAUGAACCGCAGAAAGCACCUUAUAGCCCUAAACGAUUUGAUGAUACACUUUACGUCUUUGGUUCUGAAGGUUUCACUUUUGGUAGGCAUUACUGGGAGAUUGUUGUUAAAAGUAAGUCAGACUGGGAGAUUGGAGUUGCAUAUACCUCAAUGCCCCGGAAGGGAAAAUCUUGGCUUGGGAGGAAUCCUGUUUCGUGGUCACUGGAAUGCAGCAAUAUCACUUACACUGCAUGGCACAACAACAUAUCAAUAAAAUUAAGUUGCAGAUCAAAGAUUGAGAGGGUUGGUGUUUAUUUAGAUUACAAUGGAGGAAUCAUAGCUUUCUAUAAUGCUGAAAACAUAGCACUUCUUGUGUCCUUCCGCUGUAAGUUUACAGAACCACUAUACCCAGUACUAAAUCCAUGUAACUGUAAAGGAGGAAAUUAUGCCCCUUUAACAGUUUUACAGCUGAAAGGAAUUGGCUCUGUUUAACAUAAUGACUCUUACACAAACUCUGCUCACAUAUUGCCUGUAAUGCUUUAUCCACAGUCUCAUGAUGUCAUCUGUUUUUUUUUUUGUUUGUUUGUUUUUUUUUUUUGAUGUCCUGGAAAUUCAAGGACAAGAGUGUUAGAAACAAACUAGUAUAAAUACUAUAUUAGGAAACAGAAUCUCAUUUGUAAAUAUUUUUUAUGCUUUCAACAGUAUGUUACCUUAAGAACCAAUCAAGAUAAAAUACUGACUUUUAUCAAGAUUACAGUUUGACAUUUAAAAAUCCAAUGUAGUCUCAAAGCAGUACUCACCUGGAAUAAUUACACAAAUUAUUUUUCAUGUUGUUUUUUGUUUUAAGAUGUUUUAUUCCAUAGUUUUAGCAUUUUUGAUAUGAAACUAAUGUUUGAAGGAUUUUGACAAAAA